AUGCAGACUCCACAGAAAACCCAAAGCCUCAGACCCUUCAAGCAGAGGAAGAGUUUAGCAACCAGACAAGAGGAGGUUGCUGGAAUCCGGGCAAAGUUCCCAAACAAGAUCCCGGUGAUAGUGGAGCGCUACCCCAGAGAGAAGUUCCUGCCUCUGCUGGACAAGACCAAGUUCCUGGUCCCUCAAGAGCUGACCAUGACCCAGUUCCUCAGCAUCAUCCGGAGCCGCCUGGUCCUCGGGGCCUCUGAAGCCUUUUACUUGCUGGUGAACUUAAAUAAGAGCCUGGUCAGCAUGAGUGUGACCAUGGCAGAGGUCUACAGGGACCACCAGGGAGAAGACGGCUUCCUGUACUUGACCUACGCCUCCCAGGAGAUGUUCGGCUGCCUGGGCUCCGGGAAGACCCUGCCGUCCUCUGCAGAGCAUGUCAGGAAGCUGUCCUCCAGCCCGCGGAGAGACGGGCCAGCCCCAGGGUGUGUGGUGGGCACGGACACUCACCGGCCGUCACAGGCAGGCCUGGCCGCCCCCAUCUCCUGUAUGGGGCUCCAGGCUUCUGUGUGCUCCCUGUAA